AUUGAUUGUAUGACUUGCAAAUAAAAUCAAAAAUAUAGUUCAUCAAAUCUUAUCUCAAUAUUGCAGUAAUCAUCUCAUCUAUAGCCAUUAUGGCGCCUUUUUCUUUUAUCGCCGUUCCGGCACCAUCGCUAUCUUUACACUUAUUGGAAAGUCUUUCCGAAUCAAGUACCGUAAGCAGCACCGUCCUCUUCCACAAUGAGUUCUGUGCUGGUAUGGAAACAGGAGCCGGCCUCGCCGUCGUCAGACUAUGACGAGGCCGCUCUUCUGGACGCCACUAUCUACAAUGCGACCCCAUUUGAGUUAGACAUCAAACUCAACGAUGAACUCGACAAUCUGGCAGAAUUCGAGUCUAAGGCAGAAGUCGCUUCCCACAUACUCGAGAAUCUGGAGAAUCUUAUGGAUCUAGAUGAACUGAUCAAAGAUGAACCCUUCCUUCUCGAUGAAAAAAUACUACCAAUCCUGGACGAAGUGGAACCUCCGCGUGCCAUUCCAGUACCUGUUCAAAACUUGAAGAAUGAGUUUGUCAACUCCAACGACACCCAAUACUUCCUCAAGGAAUUCCAGAAUGUGUACGAAGUUGUGGAAUUCUCCCAUGGCACGCUCACUCCACCUCAGUCUCCCCCGAGUCAACCGAUGCUCACCAAUCUCGAGCCGCUUCUACAGUAUCCAGUGGAACACAAGCAUGUUUAUGCUCAACCUGAGAAGCAAUUUCUGCCAGAGAGCUAUGAGAUCAACUAUUCCUUGCCCGUUAAUACUCCUCAGCCUGAUAUAGCUAUGGAGCUGGCCGUCGUGGACGAGCUAGUCAGAACUCGUGUGGAAGACAUGCAAUGGAGCAGCAGCGGAAGCAGCAGUCCUGGAUCCCCGAGCAGUAGUAGCAGUAGCAGCAACUUUGGCGACUGCUCUUCUGAUCCGGAAUGGAUGCCAGAGCCAAUUGAACAGUACAACGACGAGCUUCCUUCUAAACCAUCCCGCAAAAGGACCAGACCUUACUCCAAAAGCGGCACCGAGGACAAGAAGGUCCGCAAGAAGGAGCAAAACAAAAAUGCUGCUACCAGGUAUCGCCAAAAAAAGAAGGCCGAGAUCGAGGUAAUUCUCAGUGAAGAAAAGGGUCUUCAGGACAAGAACGUGGAAUUAGGGAGUCAAAUCUCUGAUCUAAAUCGUGAAAUUAAGUACCUCAAGGGGCUCAUGCGUGAUCUCUUCAAGGCCAAGGGUCUCAUCAACUAACAAACACAGAAGAUAAUUAAUUUUGGAUUUCUUAUAUUUUUUUUACAGUAAAUAGGGAUAAAUAUACAACUUCCAAGGAUUUGGUUGAUUCUCUUAUAUAGUUUUGGCAAUUUAUAGCGUGUUUUUGACGGCACAGUUGUUUUUAUAUGUUGCAUUUAAAUUGGACACCUGGAGGGAGAAUCAUCAAAAUGCUUGCACAUUUGAGAGAGAUGCUUGAGAUUCCUUGAUAUCACGUCUUAUUGUUGUGUUCUCGUCAACUUGGGUAUCAAUGAUGAUCGUAUUGUAGUUAGUUGUCUUAGGAAAGAUUUUAUUAGGCUUAGAAGGAUUGGUGUCUAACAUGUGGAUUCAUUCCAUUUGUGAGAUGCCAUCUCAAUUUUUUUAUUAAUUAUAUUUCAUACAUAAUCAUUGUUUCACUUAUAACAUAGAUAUAAUUGAAUCACUAAUAAAAGGUUAUCUUAGGUGGG